CUGCUUUGAUAUUUUCCAAUCUCUCUUUGUUUUUCCUAUAAUCUCUCCUCCUUUAAUCCCUUCUCUCCUUCUUCACGCCGCCGCUCUUCUUCUUCUUCUUCUUCUUCUUCUUCUUCUCUUCCAUUGCAUCCUUUAUAUUCAUACUUUCCCUACUUUUGGCCUUCUUCCUCCCCUCUCUUUGCUGUUUCUCAUCCCCUACUCGGCUGGAAAUUUGAUGGAAUUGUGAGCUGAUCAUUGAUACUAUAAACUGUAUGCGUGUGUUUUGCUGCUUGGCAGGCUGAAGGCUGAUAUAUUUGUGUCGUUGUAUCAUUUAUUCUUCAAGAGGGAGUGUUCUUGUUCGUUAUAACAAUGGAAGAUAUGGGUUCUGAACUGGAGAUUGAGGACCUUGCAAGGCUUAUUGGUGACGAGAUUCCAAAUGUUGCAUCUGGUAAUGCACAUGCUGAAGAAAAGGGGUUGUUUUCAAUACCUGUGGGUCCCUAUGAAGAGACUUCCAUUAGAAACUUCCAUGGCAAUGGGAAUUUGAUGGAUGGAAAUGUCUCUAUGAGUACACUCCAGCAAUCCUCCAUGGAUCAAAUGCUAACUAGGAAAGAUGCUAUGCCAGGAGACCAGUCCUUGGCACUUGCAUUUGAAAAGUUGAACUUCGGUGGUGAGGCGAAGGGGCAUACUUGGAAAUCAUUGCAGGGUCAUGCCAUUAGGUUGGAGGAUCAUUACUCAGAUAACUUGAUCAAACAAUUAGUCAAUAUGGAUACAUCGGCGUUAGGUGCUUUGGAUUCUUCAAAUCACUUGAUUAAUGGUGUUCAUGAUCCUCAUGUGAUAAGACUUGGCCACCAAAACUCUCCUUCUAGACUUAUACCUGAUCAGUACAAAAAGUGGCAGGCUGGUCAGCUUCAGCCAUUGGAGACUUCCUCCCCUGCUAUGCCAUUGACUUACGAGGUGGCAAAUGUGUCUGCUCAGAAUUUGCAGUUUCCUAUCACAUCUCAAAGGCAGCAAAUAAUCCAUAAUGGGCAGUCUCAUGUUCAGUACAUACAUCCGCAACAGAUAAAUCGUCAGCAAAUGGGUUGGAAUUAUACCGAAGAGGAGCAGUAUCCAUACCCGCAGCAUCUUUAUAUUCAGCAACGUUGGCUUCCAAAUCAAUCACAUGAGAAUCAUUCAAGUAGGAUUUCAUGUCAGAGUGGUAAGCAGAAAUAUUAUGAGGUUCCAAUUGCUCGCCAUCUCGAGCAGUUGAAUCGUGAACCAUCUUGGGAGGCAUGUGCAUUUCAUAGUGUUUCAAAGCAGUUAAAUCCUGCAUUUUCAACGCGCUAUAUGGACACAGUUCAAGGUAUGGAGAAAGUUUCCUUUCCUAAAAAGAUACUUGCUAGGAAUACUCGACUGAACGCAGUUGAUGCUAUGAGGUUUAUGUCUAUUGGUGCUGAUAAAUCAGCCAAUCAUGUUGACCGAAGUAGAAUUGUCCGCUCAAAUAGCUAUGUUCGGCACAACAAUUUUGCUCCAGCUACUGAACGCAUUUUUCGUAAUGAACUAAGCUCAUCUGCUUUGUACUUGGAAUCUGCAAAUCUCAAGUUAGUGCCUGAAAGAUUUAACUCUGUUGAUGAAGUCAGAGGUAAAAUAUUUCUAAUGGCAAAAGACCAACAUGGUUGCCGUUUCUUGCAACGGAAAUUUAUGGAGGGUACUGAUGACGAUAUUGAGAAGAUUUUCAAUGAAAUCAUUGAUCAUGUUGUUGACCUUAUGGUAGAUCCUUUUGGAAACUAUCUAGUACAGAAGCUGCUUGAAGUUUGCAAUGAAGAUCAGCGGAUGAAAUUUCUACGUAGAAUUACACAGAACCAUGGUGAAAUUAUUCUAGUCUCAUGUGACAUGCAUGGGACUCGUGCUGUUCAGAAGGUUAUUGAGACUCUUAAAACCCAAGAGCAAGUUUUCAUGAUUGUCUCGUCUUUGAAGUCUGGUAUGGUGACUCUGAUGAAAAACGUAAACGGAAACCAUGUGGCACAACAUUGCCUUGAUUAUUUAAUGCCUAGCAGUGAGGUACUGUUUGAUGCUGUAAGAAAUAGUUGUGUUGAUCUUGCGACUGAUCGUCAUGGUUGCUGUGUGCUUCAAAAAUACCUCACUUGUUCCAAUAGCGUACUCCGAGAUAAUUUAAUCAGUGAGAUUGCUCACAAUGCGUUGGUUAUUUCCCAAGAUCAAUAUGGGAACUAUGUUGUGCAAUUCAUCCUAAGGCUUAAGCGUCGAUGGUAUACGGAAGCUAUAGUCAAACAGUUAGAGGGUAGUUUUGGUGACUUGGCCAUGCAGAAGUAUAGUAGUAAUGUUGUUGAAAAAUGCCUUGAAUCUGCAAGGGAAUGCGGAGAUAUCUCUAAAAUUGUGCUCGAAUUGAUCAAUGAUCUGCGAUUUGAUAAAAUCAUGCAGGACCCAUAUGGCAAUUACGCAAUUCAAACUGCAUUGGGUAGUACAAAGGGUACUCUUCAUUCUAAACUCGUGGAAGCCAUAAAGCUGCAUGCGCCUGUACUUAGGACGAGUCCAUACGGAAAGAAAGUCCUUGUGGUACUUGGAAAAUCAAACUAACUGGUUACAAAGCGCUUUGUCUAGUCUUUGUUUCAACUUGGUAAGAAAGCAUGACUAAUAUUUGUUUUCCUUCAGUACUUUUUUGUAAAGAGUUUAGGCAGAGGUCUAUCUGGAAAGAAAAACUUAUCAAAGGUGAAGACAUAUCGAAAUCUUCACUCCUAAUUUUCGUUUCGGGUAAAGGUUUAGGAUGCUUAAACGAUGGCUGAGGUCUAGCUGGCCAUGUUGUUUUUUGUCGUUUGUUUAUUUAUUUAUUUAUUUAUUCCGUUUAUUGGACAUAGUAAAUAAAGAGGUGGUGAGGGUAUAGAGAAGGGUCAUGGAGUGUUGUACAUUUGUUGGGAUUCUGUUUCUGAAGCUCAAUGCUUGUAGAAGAUGAAGAAGGGUGGGUAAAUUGUGAUAAAAGAAGAGGCUUUUUUUGGCUGAGAAACUGAGGUAGCUUUGUACAAUGCUGCUGCUGCUGUUGUUGCUGUUGCUAUCUUUUUUGGUUGGGCUGUGUAAUUACCACUCCUGUGAAUUAUAGCAAUUUGAACUCUUGUUUAUUGUUC